AUGCCUUACAUCCAACAAGUGGCCGUUGGACGUUUACUGGAACUCAAUGUCUAUGGACAUGACUAUCCCACCAAGGAUGGUAGUGCGGUAAGAGACUACAUACAUGUGAUGGAUUUAGCAGAUGGCCAUAUCGCUGCGCUCAGGAAGCUAUUUGCUGAUCCAAAGAUUGGUUGUACUGCUUACAAUCUAGGCACUGGUCAAGGAACGUCUGUGUUAGAAAUGGUUGCAGCUUUUGAAAAAGCUUCCGGCAAAGUAAUAACGGAAAAUGAAUUCAGAAGGAAAAUCCCGAUCAAGCUUUGUCCGAGAAGGUCAGGAGAUGCAACAGGAGUUUAUGCUUCAACAGAGAAGGCUGAGAAAGAACUUGGCUGGAAGGCAAAAUAUGGAGUGGAUGAGAUGUGCAGAGAUCAGUGGAAUUGGGCAAACAACAAUCCAUGGGGUUACCAGAAGAAGCUUUGA